UGGAUAGUUGGUGUUGGUACGUAAUCAUUGAAUAAGUUAGCGUCGUUGUUUGUACGUAGAAAACGGUUUUUCGAUCAAAUUUUAACUUAUAGGUCGGAACUUUUACUAAUAAGAAAAUGUCGGCAUAUGAAAGUCACGGUUACUUUACAGAGAACGGCACAUAUAAAGAUUUAAACCCGUUAACGACCAGAAUAAUUGGUGACUUUACACCAUUUUAUAUUACGAUUGCGAUCUGUACAAUACUAUUGACAUUUAUGAUAAUACUAAAUAUUAUUUGCUGCUGCUCGAAGUACUCGGAUUAUUGGCUAGAUCGUCACACCGGUAAUCGUUGGAUAGUAUCUAUAUGGUCAGCAACUCCACAUCGUCAGCCACCUCUUGAUUUCACCGAGAUCGAAGUUCACAGUCAACCUUUCCAAUUUGCAUCUUACCCAACAAAAGAUUAUCAGGAGGUUCGUAAAAGCGAGUCAGUUGUACCAUCAAUUUCACAGCAACCAUUGACAUAUCUUGAUCUACACGAAAGAGAGAGUGAUAUAUAAAAAUGGCUUUUUUAAUACUAUAUCCUGCAAUUGCUGCCCUGGCGAUGUUUGUGUUGACUGUUAUUAUAUUGAUAUUGAGAUUUGGUGCACAAUGGUGUAAAUUACGUCAUACCACAUUUGCUGAUCAAGAUUAUUACAAUGAAGAUGAUGCAUAUGAACAAAAAGUGUCUUAUGCCUAAAUUACUCGAUAAUAAACAUGCUACCAACACGGCAACAAAAUAACCAAUAUAAGCCAACAUUUAGUCUUAUCACUACUUAAUUAGUCCUGAAAGUAACAAUAAUUUACACUUCUGUCUUAAUUCAUCUGAAACACAACAUAAGGACAGUCAAUCUGGAUAACUGCGGGUUAGAGAAUAACCUGUAUAAGCAAGAAAAAUCUCACUUAUCCAUUUUUGAAUGUAUUUAGCAAUUAUCACAGUGAUUUGGUCAGAGUACAGUUGUAAACCAUGUAUAAUUAAUGAAUGAAAGUAUUUGAAUAUUUAAUUUUAUAUGUCAUUUGACUUAGAAUUAGGGAAAGUAAUAUAACAAUUUUUUUUUGUAUAACCUACAGUAUGGCAAUUGUUACAAUGUUGCAUUCCAUUUUUUUGUUGUGUUUAUUUUAAAGACAAUUUAUUUUGCAUAUGAAAAUUUUAGCUUUACGUAAGCAGUUAAGUUGUUUUCAAGCAAACAUCUAUUCUUUUUUGUUUUAAAGUUACAUAUAGUUUUAACAGGUUAACAAUGACUUCACUACCAAAACUCAUGUAUAAAACAUGACAACAUUGGUACUGUGGAAACUGGAAGAAACAGUGAUGUAUAUCUUGAUUUUUUAUUUUAUUUUCUUUGUAGUGAUUUUUUUUAUCUUUGUAUUUUUUAAACUUUUUUGGUAAAGCCAGUAUUAUUUAUGCAAUUAAUAGCAAAAAUGUAUGAAAAAUAAACAAUUUCUUAGAUUGAGUUAUGUGAAUGUUUUUCAACAUUUAUGGAUAUUCAACAUAUUUUUAAGGUUUUUUAAUUUUUUUGUAUUGUCCGUCCACGUUGAUUACAUUAUAGUGUUAUCAAUUUAGAAUUAUAAAGAUUUAAGUAUAAUUUUUAUAUUAUAAAAAUGUAUAUGCGCAUUUUUUACAAGGUCAAUAGCACAUAAUGUUAAUUAUAUAUAAAAUAUGAUUAAGUUAAU